CAUCACAUCACCUGGGUACCCCUCAGGCAGGCAGGCAGGCAGGCAGGCCAUACGUCCGUUCCAGCUUCGGACCGGCGGCGACGGCGUAAAAAAAAUAAAAAUAAAAAAUCGAGCCUGCUAUCGGUCGGGUUCUUCCAUGGCACUGCUGGCCAGGGCGCGAGUAUAAAGACCCGGGGUGGGACCCUCCGGUGUCGACCGACCGACCGACCCCUCCUGGACUGCUGCCAAACCCUCUGGUUCUUCUCCUCCGCCUUAUCUUGGGCUGACUGUAUCCUACUCGCUCGUCUCGACUUGCACCCGUGCACCGCCCGCCAACGAUUGGUUUCCUACUCAGCAUCGACAUACGAGCAAACCAACUUUGACUGGACUGCCCCCGGCGGUGUGUAUUUCCGCCAACCACAUCUACGAGCCGACCGCAGCACAACUAAACUGUCGGGCAAAGCGGGUUUCGAUAGCGCGCAUAUUUCCCUGACGCCGUUGAGCCUUUAAUUUGCUUGGCCCCCCUGCUCCCAGCCAGCUUAGCUACCCCGCAUUUUGGCAAAAGACAAGAAAGCGUCGCCCGCCAUGGCCGCCCCACCCUCCAAGACGCUGAAGGAUCUGAACGGGAAGUGGGUGAUGAACAAAACCCUCUCGGACAGCACCGAGCCGGCGCUGGCGCUGCAGGGCAUCGGCUGGUUCGUGCGCAAGGGCAUCUCGAUGGCGUCGGUGACGCUCAACGUCAAGCAGUACACGGGCGCGCCCAAGCCCCCUUCCACCUCGCCCGAGGAGGCCGUGCACAUCGACAUCGUCCAGACCGCCACGGGCGGCAUCAAGGGCACCACGGAGCUGCGCUGCCUCGACGGCGUCGCGCGCGAGCACACGGACUGGCUGUUCGGCAAGGUCUCGGGCCGCUCGCGCCUCCUCAAGCGCGCCGAGGUCGCCGACGAGUACCUCAAGCGCGGCUGGAUCGAGGAGGAGGGUGGUGAGGGAGGAGAGGAGGCCGAGCACAUCGAGAGCAGGGCCGAGAGCGUCGACAACGGCUGGGUCGCGCUGCAGGUCUGGGGGUUCCAGCUCAUCGGGGGCGAGAGGAGGUACGCGCGCAACAUCAUGGUGACCAAGGGCGCCGAGAGGGUCGAGAUGCGGCUCGUGUACGACUGGGCGGGCGAGCAGCUGGACUUUGAGAUUUAGGGGGGUUUGUUGUGCUUGUUUUCUUUUUCUUUUUUCCUUUCGCCUGCUUAGAGUCAGUCGCUUUGCUUCUCAGCAACCCACCACCUCACGCGGAAUGUAUAUUCAACAUCCUCACAAGCACACGUCAGGUCAAGCAAUGGCCGAUGUUGAAUAGCUCUAAAAGACAUGUGCCUGCCCAGACAAGGGGAGAGCCGUGUCCCUGUAGUUUGAAAAGAUCCCAUAAACGCC